AAAUCCCAAUUUUCUUUCUUUCUUUCUUAUUUAAUUCUUAUGGUUUCCAUCCGUAAAGGAAUAUGUCCAAAUACCCAGAAACUAAAAAUUUUCCGUUGUAGAUUUUAUGGCAAUAUGAAACUUACUUUUAGAUAGUAUUAAGCAAAGUUAUAAGAUUGGGAAACUGAAAUUAUAUGUCACUUCAUAAAUGUUUGCUUUCAAUUUAGACUGUCUGAAGUAACUCGGUUUAAAUAUACUUAACAUGGAUCUCUUUUUCAUACCCCAUGAACCUACAUACUUUAAUUCUCAAAAUAAAAUACAAAACUUUUAGCAUGUAUCUUUUUUAGAAAAGCUGUGCUGUUUUAAACCACUUUUUCUCACCUUUCUUGGUAACUUACUUAUUAACAGUAUGGCAUCGAGAUACCGCGUCGAGUAUGCUUUGAAACAGCAUCGAAAAGACAACUUUAUUGAAUGGAUUAAGGGACUUUUAGCUGUCCCAUUCGUGCUACAGGCUGGUAAACCAUCUCAAAAAGAAGUUACAAAGGCAAAGGAAGAAGAAACAUUGGAACGCUACGCUCGAAUUUUAAAAGAUGUUGAGCGUCUGAUUGAAAGUCAUAUUGAAUUAACGGAUCAAGGUCACCAUCAUAGUCAGCUAAAGAUGCUGGUGCCAACUAUUACUUCUUUUUGGACACCACUUCCUUUAGUUCAGGCUUUGUAUGACCUUGAGCCAAAACUUUGUUUGGCUAAACGCAGCUUCGUAGCACCUAGUUUUAACGAUAUUCGUACAAUCCUAGGUGGUGCUCAGCUUCGCUACCUUGCUCACCAUAGCCUUGAGUUGGUAAGCUUCGAUGGUGAUGUAACUCUUUAUGAAGAUGGACAGCCCUUGCUUGCUGACAAUCCUGUCAUUUCGCGUUUAGUGCAACUCUUAUCAAGAGACAGUUAUGUAGUAAUCUUAACUGCUGCUGGAUACCCUAGUCCUAGUGGAAAGGAAUACAUGGAUCGGUUCUCUGGACUGUUACAAGCUAUAGAGGAUAGUGAUUUGACCGAUACUCAAAAGCGAAGAUUGCACGUAUUGGGAGGUGAAAGUAACUAUUUGUUUGAAUACAAUCCAUUGCAUGGACUACAAUGGGUAGAACCAGAAUCCUGGAUGCUACCUAUCAUGAAGACAUGGCCAGCCGACGAAAUUUCCCAAAUUUUGGACUCUGCUGAAGAAGCUCUUCGUUCUUGCAUAAGGGCUCUAAACAUUGAUGCUAAGAUUAUCCGUAAGGAACGAUCUGUAGGAUUUGCACCUUCGCUAGGUCAAAAGUUGAGAAGAGAACAACUGGAAGAAACAGUUUUGGAAGUACAGACGACGUUACAAUUAAAGAAUUUCUCCGUUCCCUUUACUGCCUUUAACGGAGGUAAUGACAUUUGGUGCGACAUCGGUGACAAAAAACUUGGAGUACAUUGCCUUCAGUACUUCUUCGCCAUCUCCCAUCCUUCGAAGUGUUUACACGUAGGUGACCAGUUCCUUUCCGCCGGUAAUAACGAUUACAAAGCCAGAUCUGCCGCAACUACGGUUUGGGUAUCAAGUCCUUCGGAAACUGUAGAGUUUUUGGACUACUAUUUUUCUCAAUUACCUUAAUAACCUUGAUGUAUCGUAUUCGUAUCUAGGAUUCAGCCUAAAUAGUGAAGUAUACUUAGAUAGUUAUCCAUCAAUCUUUUCAGAAUAAUGUUUCGUUGUUCAUAAGAGAAAUAUUAUGGAAGUACUAGAACUCAUCUGUCGAACAUGCGAGCCAGUAGGGCCAAGGAGAGUAUAUAGUAUUAGAAAUCUUUGCGUUUCGGAGUAG